AUGAAAAAGCUCGAGAAACUUCAAUAUUCUUCUGCUUCAAACACAACUCCAGCUACUACUCCUUUCCGUUUUGAUCCAUCUUCAUCUUCUUCUCCUCCUACAACUCUCCUCACACCAAUAUCAAACAAUUCCCAAUUCCUUCCCCUAGGCACUGCCGCCGCAGCAGAUUCCUACCCUCGUGAAGCUUUCUUGGUCGAUCAGAUAUCUUCCACCACCGCGAACCUGCCUUACCCUUGUAAUGCCCCGACCACUGCGUUUGAUACUUGGUCCUCCCAUAACGUGGUGCUGAAUAUCUGUGGGAGUGAAGCUUUCUUCACUCUGUGCUGCCCUAAAGACAAAACCGGGGUUUUCACUAAUGUUUGCUACUUGUUUGAAAAGUACAACAUUGAAGUUGUGUUUGCUAAUGUCUCCUCUAAUGUUUUCCGGAGCACCUACAUGAUCCAAACACAGGUUAAUCCUUAUGACAAUCAGUUACUGGGAGAUGGGUUUGGAGUUGGGGAAAUUUUCAAGCAAGCUGCUCAAGAAAUUGUCUCGUAUUUUUCAUCUCUUUGA